GGCAUUCGCUGACCAAAAUGAUUCAUUCUUCCAGUAUGUUUACCGCUUAGUUUACUUCAGGGAAAGCUCUGGAUCUGCAAAGGGGGCAAAAAUGCCCACGUGGUCAAAACAGGUUCCAGGAUUUAAAAGGCCAAAAUCAGGCAUUUCCCCUUAGACAAUGUCAUUUCAAAAGCCAGAUAAAAGAAGCCUAAGGCAUCUGGGAAAACCUCAUAUACUGUACUUCUGAAAUCCUAACUCCACUCCAUUCCUGCAUCCGGAGGUUACACCCGGAAUAACAAUAGCUUCUCGCUUGACAGAAAAUUAACCGAUCAAGCAAACUUCCCGAGGAAGAUAUAUCCCUGCCGAUACUGGACGACACGAGAGUUCGGCAAGGAGCUCUGCUUAUUUUCCAGGGGCUAAGCCACCAUGGAAGACCUCGAAGCGUUGAUAUUUGAAGACGUGGAGAACUACUCCUACACUUUAGAGUACUACGGGGAGGUGGACCAAGAAGAGACGGCCCAUCUGACGGCAGUUCACUCGGUGUCCCUCGUGCUGUACUGCGUGGCGUUCAUCCUGGGGGUCCCGGGGAAUGCCGUGGUCAUCUGGUUCACGGGGUUCAAGUGGGACAAGACCGUCACCACCCUCUGGUUCCUCAACCUGGCCGUUGCGGAUUUCGUCUUCGUCCUCUUCCUGCCUCUCUACAUCACUUACGUAGCCAUGAACUUCCACUGGCCCUUCGGGGUCUGGCUGUGCAAGGCCAACUCCUUCAUCGGCCUGUUGAACAUGUUCGCCAGCGUCUUCUUCCUGACGGCCAUCAGCCUGGACCGCUACGUCCACUUGGUCCACCCCAUCUUCUCCCACCGGCGCCGGACCCUGAAGAACACCCUCCUGGUCAUCGGAGCCGUCUGGCUCGCGGCCGCCCUGAUCGCCGGACCCGCCUUGUACUUCCGGGACACCCUCGAGUACAACAAUCACACCAUCUGCUACAACAAUUUCCACCAGAGCGACCCCGGCAUCGUGUUGAUGAGGCACCACGCCUUGAUCUGGCUGAGGUUCGCUUUUGGGUACCUCUUCCCCUUGCUGACCAUGAGCAUCUGCUACUCCUGCCUGGUCCUCCAGGUGAAGCGGCGAAGCAUCCUGACGUCCAGCAGGCAUUUCUGGACCAUCCUGGCCGUGGUGGCGGCCUUUCUGGUGUGUUGGACGCCCUACCACAUAUUUAGCAUCUUGGAGCUGUCGAUCCACCACAACGGCCACUUCCACGACGUGCUGCAGGCCGGGAUCCCGCUCUCCACGGGCUUCGCGUUCCUCAACAGCUGCUUGAACCCCAUUCUGUACGUGCUGAUUAGCAAGAAGUUCCAAGUGCGUUUCCGGGCUUCGGUGGCCGAGAUCCUGAAGCACACCCUGUGGGAGGUCAGCUGGUCCGGGACCGUGAGCGAACAGUUUAGGAACUCGGAGAACAAAAACUUAUGCCUUCUGGAGACCACACAGUGAGUCGCCCGUCUUCUCCUCUACAGCGGCAUGACUGCAAGCCCGAUUUUCUGGGGUUCCCUCACCGGGAAUACCUCCGGGCCAAUUCCGGCCGCCUGAGGGGAACGAUCGAGUCGUCUGAUCGGUUCAAGUGGGCAGACCGCUCCAGUGCCAACACGAGACUUGGGAAGGGCGCUGAUUGGCCAAAACGGCGUUCUCAUUCAUUCUUAAUAGUUAAGACAACUGGAAUCGCUGUCCUCGAAGCACGUGCUUGCUGUGUCUUCAAACGUCGACCCUAUUGUCUCUUCAAACGUCAGUCUGAAACGCCUUAAAACGCCCCAUCCUAUUGUUAAAGAUCAGACCGAUUCGUUCCAAAGGAUGGGACUUUCUGGUUCUGGAAUUCAUUUUGGUCUUUACGUAUUACUGCACAGGCACCAACCCCAGGCAUACGCUCAGUAUACUGCAGACACAUUUAAUCUUCUGUAUAGUCUUAGUGCCUACAGUAUGUAUUCUGCUGCAAGUUGUUUGAUGUAGCAUACUGCAAAUAAACGUUUUUAAAACUGG